AACUGACAUUAACAGAUGAAUCAGAACACACAGCUCAACUAUUAUUUUCACAUCAUGGUUCGCAUACAUAUCAAACAUGGAGAUGAAAGUCAAUUUCUGUAUGAAACUGCGGUGGCGGUGGAUAUUGAAGAAUUGUUAUCGAAGCUAAUAUAUAUUUACAAUGCACGUCUGAAAAUUGAUAGAAUAUGCCAAGAGAUGGAAUUUCUUGCAAAACAUGGCACAACACUUCCACCUAACAUGCAGGGAUUGACAGAUGAUCAAAUAGUCGAUUUAAAGUUGAAGGAUGAAUGGGUGGAAAAGUGCAUACCAAGUGGUGGAGCCGUAUUUUGUAAGGAUGAUAUUGGCAGAAGAAAUGGUCAAGCUCCGAAUACAAAAAUGGCGGAGGUUUUGACUAAGACUGUGAAAGACGCAAAAGCAAGUAUUAGCAAGAAACUGGUUGAAGCAAACACACUGAUGACAAAUGAAAUAGUAAAAGAUGCUUUAGGACAGCUACGUGGUGCAGUGAUGAUUGUGUAUCCAAUGGGAUUACCACCACAUGAUCCCAUACAAUUGGAGCUAGAUAAUCAAGAAGAACUUUCGGGAACUCAAGCAUCGUUACAAGUAAUCCCAGAAGACAAAGGAACGCUUUGGUGGGCUGGUAAAGAACUAUUACCUGGAAAGAAACUGCAAGAUUAUGUGGGAAAUAAUGAUAAAACUAAAAUUGUGGCUAAACUGCAGAAAAAAGGUACUGGCCCACCUGGAAGGGAGCCAGUUGUAUCAGAAGAACAAAAGAAACAAAUGAUGUUACAUGCAUACAGAAGGCAAGAAGAACUUAAGAAACUUGACGAAUCAGAAGACAACGCUCACUUGAACUCAGAAUGGGCAGAUAACAACAGAUUGAAAAGUCAAUUUCAAGGAAUGCAAGAUAUCAAGUGGGGACCAGGAAGAGGCUUCCGCUGACGUUCAUUUUGUAAUAUAUACUCCCGGAUAUAUGUACGCACUGUGUUUUAAUCAUCUCUAGGAGAUUGGAUGUGACAUUACUGUUAACAUCAUUGUUGUUAAUAAAUAUACAUACUUUUGGCAGGAAUAACGUGUAGUGUACAUGUUGCAAAUAAAUUUUUUAUAAACUGUA